AACAAAUUCUAGUUCUAUUCAAAGGAGAACUUUAAUCUAGCUAGUCAAAUAAAACUAAGAACUUAAAGGAAAGAUCAAAUUAAGGCAUGGGUUCAAACGAGCAGAAAUUGUUGGAUGCAAAGACACAGUUUGAAGAAUGUGUAGCAAGGCAUACAUCAGUAGAGGAAAAUGGCCAGCACAUUAUUCAGUUUCCUCUACCACGAGGAACUGUGAAGGAACAGAUAAAGUUAAGUACAAUAAUUGGUGAGAAUUCGAUGAAAAUCGAAUGGACGCCAAAAGGGGAAACGGAACCCUUUGUAAAAACUCUACCCAAUCUUCUAUCGGAAAAUUAUGACAAAGACGAAGUUAAAGCAAUGUUUGUGAACGGCGUUCUCCGUAUCAUUCAGCCACCACUGAAGACUCCUGCAACUCUACAACAUGAAAUACCACCACCGGCUACAAUUGUAUCAGAUCCGCCACAACCCGACACCAGACAGAGCACCGAGGAGGAACGUGAUGGCGGCGGCGGCGGCCUUGAAGACGGAAGCACGAAAAGCAAAAGUAUGGGUAAAGAAGAAGAAAGCCAUACAGGCGGAAUUACAGAGGCGGCGGCGGCAACUAUGACAGCCGGUUAUUAUGAAGUGGCAAAAGAGCUGAUAAGGACUCAUCGACGGGAAAUAUUGAAUGUGGCUGUGGGUUUGGCGAUACUUGGCAUGAGCAUGUAUCUUAUACCUGGCCGCCGCCGCCAUGAUUAUUGAUUAAUAUCUGAGGAAGCUAUUUAAUUAUGAUUCAACAUAACGUGAAAACAUACGUAUAAAUUGUAAGCGAAUAAAUUUAGCAAGCGAGCUGUAUAUAUUCACGCAUGCAUGUGAUCAAUAAUGUGAUUCAUUUUAUUCAAUUCGAAUAAUAGAGAUGAUCGGUAAUAAAUUGCAAUUUAUUUAUUCAUUUA